CAGUGAGCCCCCUGCCACAGUGUAAUUGUAGCAGUGGUGCCCUACCAUUGCUUUGCUUUUCAGCAAGGAGAAGGAGAGGAGGAGGAGACAUGUCGACCUUUGCAUCAGGAUCAGUCGCCGUCCACAGCCCCGCCAUGUUGAUCGAUUGUGCUUCAUGAGAGGUAGAGCUCGGCCGCUAGAAGUUCGCCUGACGCUCGCAGUAGCACAGAGUCCCACACCACUCUGCUCUUCGGCUUCUGGUAGUUGCUUGGAAGCUGGUUGACCAGAGCCGCCGUGGAUGGCCGGCGGCGUUAGGAGGCUCUCGGAGGUGCUGCGGGAGCAGCAGGAGCCGUUCCUCCUUCAGGGAGAGCCCUGCUGCUCCGUCAACAACAAGGGCGUCAGGGCUUCGUGGGGCCGGGCCGUGAGGAGGGCGGUGCCGCGGUGGCGGUCUGACGGCCUCGCCGUCGGCUGCUUCCCCUGCGCCGCCCGCAAGCGCGAGAGCUUCCGCCCGCUGUCGCGCGCCGGCCACGCGCACUGCGACGACGACGCGAGGCGGCUCAGCCCGGUGUCCGUCCUGGACGUGCUGCGGUGCUCCGACGACGAGGAGGAAGCGUCGUCGUCGCCCACGCUCAGCGACUGUAAGCACUACACUGGGGAGGAGGAGGAGGACGACAAGCCAUCGUCGACGGCAGGCAGCUCGCCGCCACCCGACAAGAAGGAGGAGUCGGAGGAGGAGUGGAGGAAGGUGGUCUCGUCGUGGGAGAGGGUCGCGGGGGACAUCGCAAGGGUCCCCGUGCUUGCGCAGCUGGACCUGUUGAGCUCCAUGUCGGCGAGGGAGUGGGAGUGGCACGGGGAGGCGGAGGCAGAGCGGGUGGGCGCGAGCGUGGAGGCCAUGAUCUUCGAGGAGAUGAGCGCGGAUGCCGUGCGCGACAUGGUCGACCUGUAGCGGAUCGGAGUGCUCCUUGUCCAAGCGAGACUCUGCAGCUGGCUGAGUGACGGACGAUGCUUCGGUGCCUUAAGCCACCUAUCUUUGAUCUUUACAUUUUCUACUAAAUACAGUUUAGACAUGUUAGAUGCUCAAGCAAUGUUCAAAAUAUCAUCCGAUUCACUGAUGUACCGGCCGAUUCAUCACUUAUAGAUGGGUGGGUGGCCAUUAAGAUUAUAUCUUAUCUUUGCUAUUUAUUA